AUGGCUUUAUCUACGGAGGCUAUGCGUGGAUUUCGAAUUGAUAACUUCGAUGCUCGCGGAGCAGAUGAAUUGACCCUCCGACGAGGCGAUAAAGUGGAGUUAUUGGAAUUAGAUGAAGGGUUUGGCGAUGGCUGGUAUCUCGGCCGGCACGUCGGUGAGAGUCAAACGGGCCUUUUUCCUGGAGUAUACACCACGAUUAUGCCCAAAAUCGGCGUUAAAAACGCAAAUAACUCGAACCCGCCCGAUGCCGUUUCAGGAGGUGCAUCCGGACUGCAAGACCAUACGGAGGGCGAACAGGAAUCCGUGUCCCCUAUUUCAAAUGACGAUACUACCCCGCAGCAAUCAAGGCAUGCCAGUGCAGCUGAUUUCGAACACCCCAUUUUGACAGAAACUGAAAGUGGGACGGAGUCUCACCCAGUUCAAACGUUAUCGAGGCAUUCAUCGGCCACAAGUACUUCAAGAGCCCCUGAGAUUCAAAGGUCCAUCAGUGAGACCAUCGCUACGCAUCUUAACGGCGAAGACAGUCCGGUUCUGAAUGAGACUUUGAGUGUGAUUGACGAACACAUAACCAAUUUUAGUACCCCCCGGCAGAGCGUCGUUGCCCAUGAUCAUCAUCGAGGCACUAAUGAUUCUAGCAGUGAAUACAGUAGCCAUGCAGGUAAUCGUCUCUCCUAUAUUCACGGCGUUGAAACAGAUGAAGAAGAGGAACGGCGAUUCACUGAGGCGGACGUCAGGCGCUGGAGCCAUGAGCAAGUCGCUGAACACCUUGUCGAACUUGGAGUAGACCCGAGACAUUGCAAGAUAUUCAAAGAGCAGGAAAUAACAGGGGAUGUUCUUCUCGAGAUGGAUCAAGAAUUCAUAUACAUGAAAGAUUUCGAUUUUGGAGUCAUGGGUCGACGCCUUAGAACCUGGCAUCUUAUCAAGGCAUUCCAAGAAGAGGUCAAGGGCAUUGCACAUCCUAGAACGUCGACGUCUACAUAUUCUGGACGUCCAACUUCCUCCGCCGAAUAUGAUCGUUCUCAAAGCCGUUCUGGAACUGCGUCUUCUUUCCUUCCGCGGAUUCCUAGUGUCAGUGAAGCGCAUGGCCCGGUAACCAGACAGUCCAGAGGGUCUACUUUUUCAAGCUACCAUGGAAGAGCUGCACCCUCUCCCGUGCCACCUCCCGGAUUUAACCGCCCGAGAACUCGCGAUAGCGCGUCCAGGCCAUCUCCAGAUCUCAUUCGGCGAAGCAAUUAUCAUCGCCGCCAUUCUUCCAUAGACGAAGCCUCCAGGCCCUCUGCGCACGCCAUGAAACCCCUAUCAGCUGUGCCGUCCAAGAUGUCCACUCUACCCCACGAAAAGAAAUCGUCGUUAGACCGAGGUUGGACGAUAAAAGCUGUAACGGACACCCGGCCGGGGACUGCGCUGGGGACUACUACUGUUCAAAGCCAGAGUCACACAAAUGGAAAUAGUCACACAGCUGUGUCUGAAGGAGUUUCCACUGAUGAUUCUCCAGAUUUAGACCGAGGUUACUUUUCUGGUGGUGAAAUUGACGCUAGAAGGUCACGUAACGUGUUGCGAAAAAGGGAUUCGAGCGGCCGUAGCCUAAGUCAAUCAAGGCAGACAGGCGCUGCAGACGAUGUUAAAGCGCGAAGUAGUAAGCGCCACUCCAGAUUCAGCAGUGUUGACUCUUUCAAGGAGUUCGCCCCAUACUUUUCCACUUUUGGCAAACUAAAUCAUUCUGGGGCCACUUCCGCAGAAACAAAACAGCGUCGAGAACUUGUUGAUGACGAUUCUCAUUCACCAACAGUCACCAACUUAGAGGAGGCUAAUAGCUCAAGUGGCGGGUUCUUUACUUCUCUCUCAUCUUUGCACUCAAAACCCCAUGACGAACAUUUAGGUCGCUCUUCGCCUUCCCAUGGCAAAAAUGCAACACCUAAAUUUCGCCGGACUAUUGGCUUACGUGCGAUUUCGGACGCCGUGACGGGCAGCGAGAAAGCUCAGUUGGGCUCAACAUCACCCUCGCCUAUAAAAGACUUUUCAAAGUCUCCUGAUCGGACGAACUCUACUACUCCGUCGGCCACAUCUAAAAGCUUUGAUAUGGAGGGGACAGAUACCUCAUCGAAGCUUUCGGAAGGAGGUCUAACUUUGGCACUUGCGUCUAAGACUCCUUCUCAACGAACCAAAUCAAAGAGAGAUACAAGUGCGUAUGUACGAGGUUUAGAGAAGAAAUCUCCCCAAGAGCAGAUGGUAGGCUGUGACUAUUAUGGGUGGAUGAAAAAGAAAUCAUCAAACUUGAUGACUACCUGGAAGCCUCGAUUGUUUGUUUUACGUGGCCGACGAUUGUCGUAUUACUAUUCGGAAAAUGAUACCGAAGAGAGAGGCCUUAUUGACAUCUCGUCUCACCGCGUUUUCCGUGCAGAUCAUGACACAAUAACUUCCCUCCAUGCUGCUAUCACUGGGGCCAAGGCGUCACCCACCUCUCCUACCAACUCCAACGGCUCUCAACCCAUGUCUCCUGACUCGGACCAAACGCCAGAGACCAGCCGACCGAAAACUAGCUCCGGUGAUCAGCCAUUUAUAUUUAAACUCGUCCCGCCAAAGGCCGGAUUGUCCCGUGCCGUGCAGUUCACAAAACCAGCAGUGCAUUAUUUCCAGGUUGACAAUAUUCAACAAGGUCGCUCUUGGAUGGCAGCAAUUAUGAAAGCCACAAUCGAACGUGAUCUCAACCUACCCGUGAAAACCACAAACAAGCAAAAGACGGUCAGUUUGAGGGCAGGCUCGCCAGAUGAAUCAGCGUCCGCCGGCAUUGAUGAACCGACAAAGCAGAGAUGA